AAAAAUCAUUUUUUUUAUAUAUAUUUGAUUUUUUCUCUUUGUAAUAUUAGUACAUAUAAAAUAAUCUUGUAUUUUUAAAACACCCAACAAAAAAAAAAAGAUAUAGUAAUAUAUUUUCAAAUAAAUAAAUUAAAAUAAACAAAUAAUCUUAAAAUAAAAAAUAAAAAUAUAUAUAGAAUUAAAUAAAAAAAUAAAAAAUGCCUUUAUUUGGAAAUUUGUUAUCUAGAGUCAGUAAAGAUGGUAAAGAAAGUAUCAGAGGAAAUUAUAAACCAAAGAAACACCCACACGGAUCAUCUCGUUAUACAUUAAGAAAAUCAUUAAAAUCAUCAUUAGCAGGUGGUACAAAACUUAAAGAUAGUGUUAAAUGUCCAGAUGGCGAAGAUGAAAACGAAUGGAUUGCCGUAAAUACAAUCGAAUGUUUCAAUACAAUGAAUAUGUGUUAUUCUUUUAUUCAAUCAUUUUGCACAGAUGACUCAUGUCCAACCAUGUCAAGUUUAAAAGCCACCUAUUUAUGGACUGAUGGUAAAGGUAAACCACAAGAAUUAUCCGCUCCAAAAUAUAUCGACAAUGUAGUAAAUUGGAUCAGUGAACAAAUUGAUAACCCUGAAAUUUUCCCAGUUGACGAUUCACCAUUCCCAAAAAAUUAUAAGGCAUCUGUUAUUAAAAUUAUUAGUAGAAUUCUUCGUGUAUACGCUCAUAUUUACCACGGACAUUGGGAUAAAAUCAAACAAUUAGAAGUUAACCAACAUACCAACACAUCACUCAAACAUCUUCAAUAUUUUGCUGAAAACUUCCAAUUACUCGGCGAAAAAGAUUAUGAAACCAUGAAACAUGUUUUCGUUACUUUGUAAAAUUAUUUAUUAACCAAACCAAAAUUAAAUAGUCUAAAACAACAACAAUAGCUAAUAUUAGCAAUAAAAAUAAAAAACAUAUUAUACAUC